ACGACUUGGGUCAAGUGACAACUUCAUAGCAUUCCAAUUUAGCGAUCUUGGUCGGAACAUCUCAGUUGCCACUGUUAUGGCUCAACUUCCACAUCUGUACCUGCUGCACCUAUGUGGCCUGCUGCUGUUUGCCCUCUUGAGCCCUGCCUCCUGCACCUGCAGAGUGGGCAAGAGGGAGGAAUGCAUGGAGGCCCCCUUCGUCCCUGGGCACGACCUGGUUGGUGAGGGCUUCGACAUAGUGAAGAUGGCACGAAAGAGGGCCUACACUCUCGAUGUGCAGACAUAUCUGCGCAACGACAGCACCUGCCAGUUAUGUGAGAAUGACGAAAUGGACAACGAGCUGCAGAAGCUUCCACUGUCUGUGGUGGACUGGCGCUCCAUCUCCAAGACCACCGGAUCCCUCGCCAGCACUUCUUACGCGUCUGUGAAUGAACUUGUGCACAGUGCAGGGUCUUCUAUAAAAAAUGAUUGGAAGAUUGGGCUUGGCAUCGAAAAAUUUGGCUUGGGAGCAGAGGUGGAGGUGGGGAUGGGGAAGUCGGUCUCUUCCAGGUUUGCCCUACAAAUGGCCAAGGAGGACUACUACACAUUCACUGUGCAUGAAUUCAACACCACAUAUUACAGCUUCCGAGUCUCCAGCCAGGCAAGUCUCAACAGAGAGUUCAGUGAUGACAUCAGCCGACUCCCACAGCAGUACAAUGAGAAGACUAAGAAGCACUACAAACAGCUCAUCAACACCUAUGGCACUCACUAUCUAGACAAAGUCGAUCUGGGUGGGAAAAUAAAGACAGUGACAGCCAUUCGCACAUGUCUUGCGUCUCUCAAAGGCCAACGCACCGAAGACGUGAACAGGUGUUUGACUGCCAAAUUGUCUCUGGCAUUUGGGCUUCCCCUUCCUGCUUUCAGUCCCAGCGUGGAGUCUUGUUCAUCAGUAUUCGACAACAAUGAUGCCACAGUCACCAGCCACCACACUUACUUCCAUCAAGUGACAGAGAUGACUCCUGGAGACGUGAUGCCCGGAAGUCUCUCCUCAUCCUACAAUGACUCAACAGGGUUUCAGCUCUGGUUCGACCAGCUUAAAGAAGACCCAGGUGUGGUGAGCUAUUCCCUGAACCCCCUGUCCAGGCUGAUAACAGACAAGGUCAUCCAAGCCAACGUGAUCACCGCCAUUCAACAGUACCUGAAGGAAAACGCGGUCUCCCCACCCUCUGGAAGUCUUGACUGCAAUUCAGGUAACUGCUGCCCAUCAGAGCUUCGCAAGGCCACACUGAAGAUCAACUCCAUCAGAGCAAGUGGACUGUCGGGAGACUGGUGGAGCCACACUGAAGCAUUUGCCAAAGUUAAUUAUGGAGGUCACACAAAAGAAACCAACAUGGUUCAUUCAGACCAUCCUACGUGGAACCCCAUCGAUUUUGGAACCGUGCACACUGUCGCUGGCAGCUCUCUGCGUGUUGACGUGUUUGAUGACGACUGGUGGCGUUGGGAGCAUCUAGGAGGCUGUUCCUUCAACCUGCCAGCAGGAUCCGGCACUAAGACAUGUUCCUUUGGAAGCAGCACGGUCACAAUCAGCUAUACUCUCACAUGCGCUGCUCAACUCACUGGUGACAUGUGUCACGAGUACUCCCCUCGCUCAGGAUAGAAUUCAACCCCCAAGUUCUUGGCUUUGCUUUUUCCAUUGGUGUGCUUUUCUGAAAAUAAUUAUUGUUAGCUGGUGUUGGUUAGAUCUUCUUUGAUUGAACGUGUUAUUACGAGAUGCUAUCAUCACAAUAAUAAAUACAUGUAUUAACAGGUGGUGGUACCCUAUGGGAAAUUUUCAAGAUUUUGCUAAUAAUACUGUACAAUUGCAUUAAAUAUAAGUUUGGUAUAAGGUUUAUUAAAAUACCCAUAUAUAGUUUUACCCAUGUUACUCGUAAAAUAGUAUGCAUUCAUGUGUCUGUUUCAUAAAGUUUUCUUUCCAUUUGUGA